UCAUCAUCAUCAUCUUCACAGGCAUGACCGGGAGGGAGGAGAGAGACAGACAGAGAGAGAGGGACGCUGUCCUCCUGUGCCGACACUUCAUCUGCUUAGGCGUAAUUUAACAGCACGCUGUGUAGGAUAUUCAGUUUGUCAUAACUCAUCCUGUCUGUGUCGAGGCGUCCCGCCGUGAAGCUCACUCACUCCGCUACAUGUCCAGCUAGCACAAUAGAGCUAACUCUCGUUAGCCACAGUCCGGACCCGGCGAAGUGAAGAGCCGAGGAGGGGAAUGGCAAGAGUUUACUCGGAUAGCCCUUUCGGAAGAAACAGCGACUAACGAGAGUAAACCAACCCAGAUUUAUUUAGUUCUUCUUAUCACCGGUUGUUGGUGUCACUGUAACCCCCACCAUGGUGCAGAAGUAUCAGUCACCCGUGCGGGUGUACAAGCAUCCCUUUGAGCUGGUGAUGGCGGCCUAUGAACGCCGCUUCCCCACCUGUCAUCUCAUCCCCAUGUUUGUGGCGAGUGACGUAAUGGAUGAGGAGACCAGUGAGGACGGUUCCCUCCAAAGGGUUGAGCGCCGCUGUGCCCUCGAUGUCGACGCUCCACGCCUGCUCAAAAGGAUUGCAGGCGUGGACUAUGUCUACUUCAUCCAGAAAAACACGCUGAACCGAAAGGAGAGGACACUUCACAUCGAGUCCCAUAAUGAGACUUUCUCCAACAGGGUCAUCAUCCAUGAAACCUGCUGCUAUUCGGUUCACCCGGAGAACGAGGACUGGACAUGUUUUGAGCAGACGGCCAGCCUGGACAUCAAGUCCUUCUUCGGCUUCGAGAGCACUGUGGAAAAGAUUGCUAUGAAGCAGUAUGCCAGCAGUAUCAAAAAGGGAAAGGAAAUCAUCGAGUUCUACCUAAAGGAGCUAGAAGAUGAAGGGAUCACUCACGUGCCACGCUGGGCUCCCUCCUCCGUUCCCCUGCCUCUCCCAAGGCCGACCAGUCUCUCCACCAGCCCGCCAGUCCUCCCCAAAAUGGCAGUUACUCCAGCCGUUUCUAUCCCGCAGCCUACCGACACUAAAGACAGCGCCUCUCAGGACACCAAGCAGGACAGCAGCGCGCUUCAGCCAGACAGCCUAUCAGAGAUCGUGGCUGGUACACCUGAAGAUAAGUUGGAUGCAGACUAUAUCAAACGUUACCUAGGUGAUCUGACCCCCCUGCAGGAGAGCUGUCUGAUCAGACUUCGUAAAUGGCUGCAGGAGACGCACAAAGGAAAGAUCCCUAAGGACGAGCACAUACUGCGUUUCUUGCGCGCUAGGGACUUCAACAUGGACAAGGCACGGGAGAUCCUUUGCCAGUCGCUAACCUGGAGGAAGCAGCACCAGGUGGACUACCUGCUGGAGACCUGGAGCUCACCACAGGUCCUCCAGGACUACUACACCGGGGGCUGGCACCACCAUGACAGAGACGGCCGUCCUUUGUACAUUCUGCGACUGGGACAGAUGGACACCAAAGGACUGGUCCGCGCUCUCGGAGAGGAGUCUCUGCUCAGACAUGUUCUGUCUAUUAAUGAGGAGGGUCUGAGACGCUGUGAGGAGAACACCAAGGUGUUUGGUCGACCCAUCAGCUGUUGGACAUGUCUGGUAGAUCUGGAGGGGCUAAACAUGCGUCACUUGUGGCGACCAGGAGUCAAGGCGCUGCUGAGGAUCAUCGAGGUCGUGGAGGCCAACUACCCAGAGACUCUGGGACGGCUUCUUAUCUUGAGAGCUCCCAGAGUUUUCCCUGUACUCUGGACACUGGUGAGUCCAUUUAUUGAUGAAAACACCCGCAAGAAGUUCCUCAUCUAUGCAGGCAAUGACUACCAGGGUCCUGGAGGGCUGGUGGACUACAUAGACAAGGAGAUCAUCCCUGACUUCCUGGGAGGAGAGUGUAUGUGUGAGGUACCAGAAGGCGGCCUGGUUCCCAAAUCGAUGUACCGCACAGCCGAGGAGCUCGAGAACGAAGACGUCCGCCUGUGGACUGAGACGAUCUACCAAAGCGCCAGCGUCUUCAAGGGAGCUCCGCACGAGGUUCUUAUUGAGAUCAUUGACGCCUCCUCAGUCAUCACGUGGGACUUCGACAUGUGCAAAGGCGAUGUCGUUUUCAACAUCUACCACUCCAAGCGGGCCCCCCAGCCUCCACGUAAAGAUCCCCUGGGAGCGCAUGGCAUUACAUCCCCAGGAGGCAACAACGUCCAGCUUAUCGACAAGUCCUGGACACUGGGGCAGGAUUACAGCAUGGUGGAGUCCCCGCUCACCUGCAAAGAGGGCGAGAGCGUGCAGGGCUCCCACAUCACACGGUGGCCAGGUUUUUACAUCCUCCAGUGGAAGUUCCACAACAUGCCAGCCUGCUCGGCCACCAACCUGCCCCGAGUGGACGAUGUGCUGGCCACCCUGCAGGUCUCCUCGCACAAGUGUAAAGUCAUGUACUACACCGAGGUGUUGGGCUCUGAGGACUUCAGAACGGCUUGCUGUGAUGUGCAGAGUUUGGGUUCGAUGACCAGCCUGGAGUCGAGUCACAGCGGCUUCUCUCAGCUCAGCGCCGCCACCACCUCCUCCAGUCAAUCUCAAUCCAGCUCGAUGAUCUCCAGGUAGAAGCUGAAUCAUCAAUCCCCCCCACCCCCCAACUGAAGCCAACUUUCUCUCCUGCCCUUCCUCGACGUCUUUGGACUCUGUUCCUAUUGCACAGCCAGUCUCUAACAGAACUGAAGCAUGCUUGCACAAACAGAAGACAAAGAAUAAAAAAAAUCUGAGGCAAAAAAACAAAGAAAAACGGAGACCAUGUACAAUUUUAAAGGGCUGAUUUUUGCACAAAGGUCAUAUAUUUUUCAUGCCUGGCACCUGAGCUGGGCAGCAGUUUGAAUCAGAAAUUAGCAGAAUGUUUGUUUGUGCCGUGUCUCAUGUGGGAGGGAAGGUUAAAGGUCGGGAGAUGAGAUGCGUUUGCCUUUGUGGCAGUGGAAGCUGAAAGAAGCAAUAUUCUCAUCCUGGGAGCUACGGGACCGAAUGAACACACUGGAGGCGCUGUUACAUAUAUGCAUUUACAUCUGCACCCACAGAAUACAGUACUGAGACGACGCAUACCUCAUUCUUGUGCGCUCGCUGAAAAAACUGGAUGUGCUGUUACAUACAAACACCACUGCACAUGCACACAAACAUACGGACGUUUGAGGACAUGCAAAAAUUUACAGUGUUUGCCAUAUUACCAGAGGGGUUUGUUCAAAUCUGGUGAAUUGUUUAUAGGUCAAAGUGUUUGUGGGCAGUGUAAACUCUUAUCUAGACUGGGGUCGAAUAUCAACUGCAGGUAAUUUGUUAUUCAGACCGCGUGGAGCUACAGAGUGGGUGGAGCCUACCGAAUCAUUACGAAGCAAAGGUGGUGUCAGCAAAGUUUCCAGCUGAGGGGAAAAUAACAUUGGAAAGUUUUUUUUCCCCCCGUGGCUGUGCGAGCUUUCCUGUCAUUCAUUUUGUUGUCUUAUGUGGCAAACCCCACCUGUCUGUCUCACGAGGGCUUUAUCACACCUUGAAAAGCAUUUGAAUAUUUGAGCCCAGGGUCUGACUCUUGGCGAAGUAAUCCACUAGAAGCAAUAACACGAGUUUGACUUUCCACUGUGUGAAAUAUUUCUAUUGAUCAUUUAGACGUACGUGGAGAAUCAUGGGUGCUGAUUGCAGACAACCUUUUUGUUUGUUGCUAGUUUGUGUACAGGCAGGCAAGACAAAGGCAGGCAAACUGAGCCAGCGAAGCGCUAAAUUCUGUGACACCAACAUUAUCACUUCCUGUCUCUGUUUCCAUUCCGUCAGGAGAGAAACACAAAUAACUCGCCAGAUUUUCUCCUGGACAUGUUUUAUUAAUUCACUCGGAAUGAACCGUAAGUUAGUUUGCUUUCUGUCCAGUGUCUGCACAAUUUAAGGAGCCAGUGAAAAUCAUGUGGUAAGAUGCCUUGUCACUGAUUUGUGAAUGUGCUACUGACUGGCUAGCGCUCUCGCCAGCCAAUGAAAUGCCUGAAUCUGGAGGGUUGUGAUGUAUUUGGGCAGAACUGCCAUCAUUCAUUACCUAUUUUUCAGAGUGAUGUAGAUUUCAGUGUGCAUUAGGGAUGAAUGUUACUUUGUGAUUAUCAUUUGACGGUGCACCAGUAGACAACAUAUUGAUACUGUACACGUACUAGUGUUGGUUGGAGUUUGUUACUGUUUAUUUUGAGGUGAGUACUUGAUGGGGUGAAGCAGUGUGGUGUGUUGCUGCAUGCUCACAUGGUGAUUGGGUUUACAGAUCUAUUAUUUAAAAACUAAUAUACAGCCAUUUAAAGAGUCAUGUGUCAAUAAAUACCAUUUUAGCCUUCGUAAGUAUCACGUAGGAACAUACCUGCUUUUUACAUGCUUCUUUUUUGUUUUUUCAAGGUCACCACUGUAACAGAUGAGUGAUUAUGAGUUAAAUGAACAUUUCUAAAUGCAACACAUCCAUGUAACAGUUUUGUAACACAGUUUAUUUGGUUAAUAAGCAUCGAUGACUUCACAUAGAUCGGACUCCCCUGAAGCGGGGGCAGAAAUGGUCACCAUUGCCAGGAGUCAUUGUAUGCUAUUGCCAUGGUUACUGAGUGAAGUUGAAAAAGGAAACAAAAAAACAAAGACACUCCUGAAAAAACUGGCCCUGCAUCUUGUUUUUGAUACAUGAAACUGCUUGUUUUUAAUAUUAAUGAAAGGUCAAGGGUUAACAUGUGGUAACUUUGUCAUUAACUGCAAUAACAUGAAAAAUGCUUUAUUGAGUAAAAGGACCUUCUCUGAUUGUGGGCUGUUAAGUGUGUAUGAUGGUGUAAAAGAAUGAAUGUUAGAAAUGGUGGAGAUAAAAGAUAUGCCUGUAAAAAUGUGCGUAACACUCCGCCCGUCACGGCGGGUGUGUUUCUCUACUCGGCCUCUUCUCACUUUCUGAAGCAUGUCUGAAACCACACGACUAACUUUCCUUCACCUGGUUAUUCCUGCGUUUCUUUAGUGGCUCGACUGAUGAUGAAACGGGUAACAUCAGUUCCAGACCUGACUACUCUUAUAUCCUGUCCUUUUGUCUUUCUCUCUAUCUACUCUUUGUUACUUCAACACUCCAUUUUCUUUUGUUUUGCUUUCAAACACUUUUCAUUGUGUACAUGACAGAUAGCAGAGUGAACCUCGAUUGAAGCCAUAGGCACAAAGAAGUGUACUUGGAUCAGAUGUUUCAUUUCUGCUUGGAUUUAGUAUUACAAAUACCAGAAAACUUCCAUGUUCUGCCUCUCUGACUUUAGCUCUUACACUUUUUCAUCAAGAUCUCAUUGACAAAUGAGGGCUAUAACUGUUUGUCUUGUCUGUUUCAACACAUUUGUCCGUCUCUCUGCUUCCUUUUCUGACAUAUCUUCUCUUUACCGUGAUGUGAGGAAUUAUGUAAAAAGUACAUGUUUGAAUUAAAGAGAUUAUGGCGCCUUUACAUUUUUGAAAACAUUAAACUUGAAUUAUGAGAGAAUAUAU